AUGGUCUCCUUCACCAAGCUUUUCACCGCCGGCCUGGUCGCCACUUCGGCCAUCGCUGCCCCUCUGCAGGCCAAGCGCACCAUCUCUAACAAGCGCGGUGCCGCCUACAACGACGUCACCACCGUGUCUGCUUUGACCAGUGGCGGUAGCAUCUCAUGGGCCUACAACUGGGCCGGUUCCGUCUUUGGUCUGCUCCCCGCAAAUGUCGAGUUCGUCCCCAUGCUGUGGGGCCCCAAGAUGUUCGGCGCCUGGGCUACCGCUAUCGAGACCGCUAUCGCCAGCGGCAGCAGCUACAUUCUGGGAUUCAACGAGCCCGACAUGGCUUCGCAGGCUAACAUGAGCCCCGCCGAUGCUGCCCAAUACUACAUGACCUACAUUACCCCGUGGUCCGGCCAUGCCAAGCUGAUCUCGCCCGCUGUCACCUCCUCCACUGAGGCUGGACUUGGCCUUGAGUGGUUCGAGUCUUUCAUCGGUAGCUGCAGCGGCUGUGGUAUCUCCGGUCUGGCUGUUCACUGGUACGGUGAUGAUGCCGACAACUUCAAGGCCUUCGUCACCAAGGCCGUCGACACUGCUUCCAGACACGGCCUGUCUGAGGUUUGGAUCACUGAGUUUGCUCUCAACGCUGAUGUCAACGGCUCUAUUAACCCGGCUAAUACCGCUGCUUUCCUCAACGACGUUGUCCCUUGGCUGGAUCAGCAGGCUGGUGUCACUCGCUACUCUUACUUCAUGUGUGCUGAAAACUACUUGCUCACUGGCAACGCUCUCAACCAGGCUGGCCAAGCUUACGUCUCUGCGUAA